AUGGCAGAUUCACAGAGUUGCUGCUUCCAUAUCUCUUCACAGAAUGACGAAACUGCAAUGCUAGAAGUACUGCACUGCUCGCAAUAUCGAAUCGAUCAGAUCCGGCGACACUCUGUUAUCGUGAAGGAACAGAUAAAGUGCCAUGGAAAAUGCGAAGGGAUACCGUUGAAGAUUGAUGACACUAUCGAUAUCGAUGCUGGGGUGGUCAAAUAUCUUGUCGCAGAUUUGCCUUUGAAAUCGGGAAUAGAUCCAGGGAAGAUAAAGCUUGUCGAUCUCUCGAAGUUUUGCAACGCGUGGUGGAAAUACAAGUGGAUACCUGAAUCUCCGAAGAUACUAUGGGAUCGCCUUGAUCGGACUGGAACUGAGAUCUCGAGUCCACAUCCAGCGAGCGCAAGGAGAUGCUGGCAGCGUCAAACCCCUAACAAAUCGCAGCACGGUUCGCCAUACCUAGUUAAUAUUGCCAUAGUUCUUGGUCUUGACGACAGCCUCCGUGAACAGAUGGACAGAGAGCUCCGUCUCCAGAUUCAAAAUAUAGUAUGGAUUUCAAACCUGGAUGUUCAUUUAAAGACAUCAGUUGACUUUCUGCAUACGAUAGAAGGUAUGAGACUGAAGGAGAUCGAAGCAAUGUUCACGUACUUUUACGACAAACUUGUACAUCUAUCCAAACCUCACCUCCACCCCAAAAACGUUGAGCGUGUGCGAGACAAGCUGAAAACCGAGAUGGAUUUGGAUUUCUACGAAAACUGGUCUUACAAUCUAGACAACGCAGCUCAUAUAAGGACAUAUUCAGUGUAUGAGUUUGUUGCAAAAAUCGAGGGUAUCUUGACGGACUCAUACGAAACACACACGCAUGAGACGCACGACUCCGGCCACCCUAGUCAUACGGUGGCUAAUGGCCCUAAUAGACCAAGGGGUGGCCCAAGUGUGGACUGGAUUGCCGUGGGAUUGGCGGCUGGCAAGAGCAUUGCCUCGAUGUUUAAAAUAUCUCAGAAAUGGAAUGAGGAGUUGGAGCAAAUGCUUAACGGUGCUCACUCUCACAUCCAAGAAAGCCAGGAAUCGCUAGUGGGUGACCUAAUUAAGAAGAGAAAUGAUGCAUUAGAGAGUUGGAAGGAGGUGUUGGAGAAUGAGACAGUUUAA